AUGUGUGGUAGCUACUGUGGAAACUACUAUGGCGGCUGUGGCUAUGGAAGCUGUGGCUAUGGAAGCUGUGGCGGUCUGGGCUACGGCUAUGGAGGCCUAGGUUAUGGCUAUGGAGGCCUGGGCUGUGGUUAUGGAGGCCUGGGCUAUGGCUAUGGCUGUGGCAUCCGCAGACUGGGCUGUGGCUAUGGCUGUGGCUAUGGAUACGGCUCCCGCUCUCUAUAUGGCUGUGGUUAUGGAUGUGGCUCUGGCUGCGGCUCUGGCUUUGGAUACUACUAA